GGUCUCAGCCAGCCCCGAGCUGGCGCCUUAGACGCUCGCCUGGCAGCUGCGCACUCUCGGAGCGCCCCGAGCGGCGCAGACAGGGAGGUUGGGGCUGUGCCCCGCGGCGCGGCGCCCGCCACUGCGCAGACGCCUCAGGAAGAGCUCGGCCUCGCCCCUCUUCCUCCAGGGUCCCCUUCCGCGCAACUUCCCACGAGUGCCAGGUGCCGCGAGCGCGGAGUUCCGCGCGUUGGAAAGAAGCGACGGCGGCGGCUGGAACCCUGAUUGCUGUCCUUCAACGUGUUCAUUAUGAAGUUAUUAGUAAUACUUUUGUUUUCUGGACUUAUAACUGGUUUCAGAAGUGACUCUUCCUCUAGUUUGCCACCUAAGUUACUACUAGUAUCCUUUGAUGGAUUCAGAGCUGAUUAUCUGAAGAACUAUGAAUUUCCUCAUCUCCAGAAUUUUAUCAAAGAAGGUGUUUUGGUAGAGCAUGUUAAAAAUGUUUUUAUCACAAAAACGUUUCCAAACCACUACAGUAUUGUGACAGGCUUGUAUGAAGAAAGCCAUGGCAUUGUGGCUAAUUCCAUGUAUGAUGCAGUCACAAAGAAACACUUUUCUGACUCUAAUGACAAGGAUCCUUUUUGGUGGAAUGAGGCAGUACCUAUUUGGGUGACCAAUCAGCUUCAGGAAAACAGAUCAAGUGCUGCUGCUAUGUGGCCUGGUACUGAUGUACCCAUUCACAAUACCAUCUCUUCCUAUUUUAUGAAUUACAACUCCUCAGUGUCAUUUGAGGAAAGACUAAUUAAUAUUACUAUGUGGCUAAACAAUUCGAACCCACCAGUCACCUUUGCAACACUAUAUUGGGAAGAACCAGAUGCAAGUGGCCACAAAUACGGACCUGAAGAUAAAGAAAACAUGAGCAGAGUGUUGAAAAAAAUAGAUGAUCUUAUUGGUGACUUAGUCCAAAAACUCAAGAUGUUAGGGCUAUGGGAAAAUCUUAAUGUGAUCAUUACAAGUGAUCAUGGGAUGACCCAGUGUUCUCAGGACAGACUGAUAAACUUGGAUGUCUGCAUCGAUCAUUCAUACUACACUCUUAUAGAUUUGAGCCCAGUUGCUGCAAUACUUCCCAAAAUAAAUAGAACAGAGGUUUAUAACAGACUGAAAAACUGUAGCUCUCAUAUGAAUGUUUAUCUCAAAGAAGACAUUCCUAACAGAUUUUAUUACCAACAUAAUGAUCGAAUUCAGCCCAUUAUUUUGGUUGCUGAUGAAGGCUGGACAAUUGUGCUAAAUGAAUCAUCACAAAAAUUAGGUGACCAUGGUUAUGAUAAUUCUUUGCCUAGUAUGCAUCCAUUUCUAGCUGCCCACGGACCUGCAUUUCACAAAGGCUACAAGCAUAGCACAAUUAACAUUGUGGAUAUUUAUCCAAUGAUGUGCCACAUCCUGGGAUUAAAACCACAUCCCAAUAAUGGGACCUUUGGUCAUACUAAGUGCUUGUUAGUUGACCAGUGGUGCAUUAAUCUCCCAGAAGCCAUCGCGAUUGUUAUCGGUUCACUCUUGGUGUUAACCAUGCUAACAUGCCUCAUAAUAAUCAUGCAGAAUAGACUUUCUGUACCUCGUCCAUUUUCUCGACUUCAGCUACAAGAAGAUGAUGAUGAUCCUUUAAUUGGGUGACAUGUGCUAGGGCUUAUACAAAGUGUCUUUGAUUAAUCACAAAACUAAGAAUACAUCCAAAGAAUAGUGUUGUAACUAUGAAAAAGAAUACUUUGAAAGACAAAGAACUUAGACUAAGCAUGUUAAAAUUAUUAUUUUGUUUUCCUUGUGUUUUGUUUUGGUGCAUUUGCUAAUAAGAUAAUGCUGACCAUAGUAAAAUUGUUAGUAAAUCAUUAGGUAACAUCUUCUGGUAGGAAAUCAUUAGGUAACAUCAAUCCUAACUAGAAAUACUAAAAAUGGCUUUUGAGAAAAAUACUUCUGUGCUUGUAUUUUGCAAUGAAGAUGUGAUACAUCUUUAAAUGAAAAUAUACCAAAAUUUAGUAGGCAUGUUUUUCUAAUAAAUUUAUAUAUUUGUAAAGAAAACAACAGAAAUCUUUAUGCAAUUUGUGAAUUUUGUAUAUUUGGGAGGAAAAGCUUCCUAUAUUUUUAUAUUUACCUUUAAUUAGUUUGUAUCUCAAGUACCCUCUUGAGGUAGGAAAUGCUCUGUGAUGGUAAAUAAAAUUGGAGCAGACAGAAAAGAUAUAGCAAAUAAAGGAAUAUUUUAAGGAAACCUGUUUGAAGAAAAACAAAGACCAUUUGAUAAAAGGCUGAGUUGUCACCAUUAUGUCUUAAGCUGUUAGUCUUAAAGAUUAUUGUUAAAAAAUUCAGAAGAAAAGACAAGUGCUUUUCUCUCUAUCUAUGCUUAAUGCCUUUAUGUAGGUUACUUAGUUGUUUGUGUGUGCCUGUGCAAGUGUGUUUGUGUGUGGUUGUGUGGACAUUAUGUGAUUUACUAUAUAAGGAGGUCAGAGAUGGACUGUGGCCAGGCUUCCACAUUCCUGAAGCACACAGAUCUCAGGAAAGGUUAUUUUUGCACUUCAUAUCUGUUUACUUUCUCCUAACUCACAAGUUAAAAUCAUAACUUAAUUUCAUUAACUUUUAUCAUUUAACUCUCUCAUGUUUGUUGUAACCUGAGGUAUCCAAAUGCUGCAGAAAAAUUUAUGACCCAAAUACAAAUCUCAAUUUGACUGGGACAGAAUGAGGAAUGGAGAUUUUUGUAUUUAUCUUUGGGACUUUAUGCCUUACUUUUUAGGCUAUAGUACAGUUAAGAAAUUUUAAACAAAAUUUAGUAUCUUUUGGUCUUUCACACCAUUCGUAUGUUAAGUGGCAGAAUAGCCUUAGUGCUACCUCCACUUUUUUCUCCAGUAUUUGCAUCACAGAAAUAAUCCCUCUGUUUAACAUGUUUGUUCAGAGCCAAGGGUUUAUUGUGAAGAACUGUCAUCCUGCCUUUGCUAGCUGGUACCUUCUAGUAAUCAAAAUUAAUAUGAAGAAACUAGGUUGUGACAGACUAGAUUACAUUUAAUAGGGGAAAAAUUGGGCUCAAGAACCAUUCAUCGGUACGUGAGACAAGUAGUUAAUAGUAUGAUCUUUAAAGUUUUGACAAUAUAAAAUAAACUUGGUAACUGUUUUACAAAUUUAAAAGUAUAAUAAAUAUGCAGCCCAGUUAAAUAUUGAUUAUCUGUGAUGGUAAAGAACAACAGUGGUGCCAGUCAUCAAACAUACAGUGCAUCCUAUUGGGUCACUGCUAAUUUGUUGAGCCUGGUAUUUGCUGCCUAUUGUAUUUGGGGUUGUUGAGAGGCAUUUUCAAACCCUGUAUAAAUAAUCCAUGUUGUUGGUCAUAAGUUGACUGUAUUAAGAACAGUAAAAUAAAUGAAAUAAAAACCAAUAAUACUAAUUUUGCUUUAAAAAAAACUCUAAUUUUUUUCACAUAAAACAAUUAUCCUAAAGGUUAAUAGUUGAUGUAAACAGAAUAAUAGAAAAAUUCUACUUUAAUUUCCAUUAAAAAAUGAAUAGCAUUGACACAUUUAAAGCUUUUCAUUUAAAGUAGUGGGUGUUUUUGAAGUAUCUAAAAUAGUAGCAGAAUAUUUUAUACUUGGUCCUUGCAAUGGUGUGAGUUUUAAUGAUUGCAUUAGCGUGAUUGGUGGUUAUGAGUUUCAGAAAUCUAUACUUGGCAUCCAACUCAUGAGUGGAUUUUAUAUAGGAUGGAACAGGAAGGGAUGUCCUGUCAGUAUCUUAACCCUUUCAACAAGACAUUUACCUAUUUGUCUUUCCUUACAUUCUCAAAAUAUUAACUUGAAUUGUAAAUUAAGCAAAAAUUUAAAAAGUAUAUGUUGAUGGGACAAGAAGAAUAGUAUUUAUUUAAUAAAACAUAUAUUAUAUUGAACUAUGUGUUAAUUCAUUUGUAUCUUUUAAAAAAUUAUCACUGUUAAAGCCUUUGACUCCUUUAGUACACUGAGAAAAAUCUUAUAGUAAAACUAGUCUUUACAUUAAGGUUUUGGUGUGUAUUUUGUUAAAUAACUAAUAUGCUGCUUUAUUUUCUGGGUGUAGAAAGUAUUUGGCUCUAGGAAACAUUUACUUGUUUGUGAAAACAAUACCCCAAGGUAAUAGGAAAGGUUUGAAUUAAGUGUUUUUAAUUCAGUCAGUGAAUUCAGAAUAAGUACAUUCAUGUAUAAUGUAGGAACAGUUCUGCUGCUGUUAUUUAUAUGCAAUUCUUCUGGUAAAUAGCAAUAGAAUAAAACAUAUUUCAAUGUUUGUGUAUAGGUUUUGUAUUAUUAUUCCACUAGGUAUGGCAUAAGAAUUUAUAGAUAAAUUCUUGUAACAUUAAAGGAUUAAAAUGUUUUUACAUUGUUUUUGGGUGUCUCCUUCUUGUGCCCAUAUCUGAUAAGCUUUAUGGAUGAUUGCAUUUAAUUCCUUUUAUUUGGAGGGUUUUACUUCCUUGUUAACACAUAAAGUUAUAAAUGAAGGACAAGGAGGAGAUGGAAAAUGUAUAUUUAUUGUCAAUUCUUAAAAUAGUGUGUAAAUAAAAUAACAUCAGUGUGCUUUAAAGAAAUGUGUAUGUAGUGCCUUAAUUUAAAUUAAAAUAUUUUUGACUGUUAUUUGAAUUCAGAAUUAAUGACUUUGUUCAUGAUUUUAAAAAUGUGUGUGAAUAAAAUCUACCAAAACAUU